AUGCUAAAGAGCUCUCCAACUACGCCAGCUCUCACUUGUUCAUCACCACCCGAGCUCACCUGCGUUCCAGCGGUCGGUGGCACGACGGACGACUUCACCCCAAUAAUCGGUGCGGUCGGCAGCUCGGAGACGGAGAAAGACAGCUCAGACACCUCCAGGAUGCUCUCUGCCUCUUUGCUGCAUCGUCUCAUCCUCAGACAUCAAUCAGCGAAGUGGUCUUCUGCCAUCAAGAAAGCAGAUGAUUGCUGCCCUAAGGACUGGACUCAGUUGGACAAGCGUUGUUUCAUCUUCCAAAACUAUGAGGUUGACUUUAAUCAAGCAGAGAUCGUCUGCAAAAUUAUCGGCGGGAACCUGGUGUCCAUUCACAGCAAUCUGGAGAACGAAGUUGUUCGACAAUUGAUUUUUGAAGCGACUGGCGAAAACAGUCUCACCUGGAUCGGAUUCACUGACGCAGUAGAGGAGGAUUCCUUUCUUUGGACCGAUGGCUCAGAUGUGGAUUUUACCGACUGGGCAAAUGGUCGCCCUAACAACAAUGGAGAACAGGACUGUGCAAUAAUCAACUUCAGAAGAGAUGAUGAGUGGAACGAUAUCGAUUGCACGCUGUUAAGACCUUUUUUCUGUGCCAUGGAUCUGAAACUUCACCGUUAAGAUCCCCCAUGAUAUCUUCUAGUGUUUUCCACUGUCUGGGUUAGACCGCUAAAACAACUUCUUUACGCUAAUUUCUCUUUGCUUACAUUAUUUCAAGAACGUCUCAUUUAUAAGUUUACAAAGAUUGGUCUAAGAUCCCCUUUAGCUGACCACAUAGAUUCUACUUAUUUACUAGACAUAUCAAUGUUAGUGGUGAGUUGGAUAGUUUUAGGUAAUUAGUUCCAUUCUUUCAUGCAUUCUUUCCUUCUAUUCACUUCUGCACAAGCUCUAUUCCCUAUGGAUUCAAGAUGAAGAAGAAAAAAAACAUCCACCUGGACUUUGGCUGGAAACGACAUACUGUACCAUCUUAGAAUGUGAACAUAGCGUUUUGAUAAGGUGACAAACAAUAAAGGCAUA